GUUUUCAUUCAUCUGCUAAAUGUCAUUUGAUAUGAUGUCAUUAGAGGAAAUUUAUUUUAUUUUCAUGAGUGAAAACUGUGAAAAUAGAUUUAAUUAUUGUAUAAAUAAUUAAUAUCGCUGAUAAAUGUGAUGAUGAAAAGUUGAGUUUAGAGAAUGCAGAAAACCACAAUAACAAUGUCCAAGCGCCCCUUUGAUACCAGCCAACAUGAAACCCAGAAAAAGGACAGGUUUGAAAGGAUGGCCGAAAUGUCCCAACAAGAAAUGCUCAUCCAACAGAAGAAACGGGAAAUUCAGGCGAAAUGGGAAGCUAAAAGGCGCCUCAAUAAUCUGGAUGGAGAGAAGGAGAAACAACCGAAACCUGUCCCCAUUGAAGCACCAACUUUACCAAAAGAACCUUCAAAAAGUGGUAUGAAUCACUUCUCAAAUGACGGUUCAUUUAUGGAUCAAUUUAAGCAAUUAAACGAUAAGAAAAAAGAUUCAAAAUUUAAAACUUUCAAUAAAUAUAAGGAUAAAGAAAGACAAAGAGAACAAGAGAAGGAAAAAGAACGCCAACAAGAGAGGGAACAAGAAAUAGAGAGUGAUGAAGCUCAAGAUACAAUUAUUAACAUUGACAAAAUUAAUUAUUCAGAGCCGCCUCCAAUUACAGAAGAUCUUCACAGACCACCUCCAAACUUCACUAUAGAACCACCACCACUAAAUAUACCAUUUAAUAACACAUUUACUAGUCCACCUCCAUCUAGUCACUUUAGCCAACCUCCACAAAUUUUACCUCCACAAUCUCACAUUACCCUUGAUACUCAAUCCCCUCAAAUAAUAAACCAACAAGCAAAUACUCAAAUCUCAUCACUGAUUAACAUCCCAACACAAAUCAGCUUUACCCCUAACGAAAAUAUAAGCUUCACUACUCCACCGCAUCAGUUGACAGCUAUAAGUCAUAUAAAUACCAAUAUUGCUCCACCUUCUGCGCAAAUAAUAACUUCUACCGUAGCUCAACAAAUAACAACUCCACUUAUGCAGCAACCACUCAAUAUUGUAGCUGCAUCUGGCACUGAAUUGGUAACCCCUACAGUAAAUUUGUCUACAUCUGCUCCAGUAUUACAACAAACCCAAACCAUUAUGACACAAGCUUUAGCUGCUCCUCAUCUAUUUGCAACUACAACUGGUGCUGAGCAAAUUGUUUCUGCACCUCCUCAGGUUCUUUUAAAUGUACCUCCUCCUCAAAUAUUGCCUCAAACUCAGCUAGUCAUAACACCACAGGAUCAAAAUGUAUUGGUUUCUACUCCAACUAGCAUCUUGACAACAGUUACUUUGCCACCCCCAGUGAUAACGCAGCAUAAUAUAAAUGUGAGCACCCCUAAUGCGUUAAAUGUUCAUCCUCAAGGAAUGGCUCCUGUUGAAUUGACUUCUAUACCGCCUCCCAAUCCAAUACAAGUCCAAAAUAUUCCCCAACCAGAACCUUUGAACACAAUGAACAUACCACCACCAGCCCCUUUGCAAGUUUCAACAAUCCCCACUCCAUCUUCUCUUCAAUUAAAUGAAAUUCCCAACCCCAAACCUCUAGAUUUGCUGGCAAUACCCACCCCUUCCGAAUUAAAAAACAUCCCUCCGCCUAAUAAAAACUUACCGCCUCCUGAUAUAACUGGACUUGGAUUGUCUCGCAUACCCUCUUUGAUGUCGCAAAGAGUGCUUCCGCCGCCUGGAAUGGCUGUUAACCUACCACCGCCUCCUAUAUUACCGCAAGACGUCAGCCAGCCACCUCCAAAUUUUAGUAUACAACCGCCAAUGGUUAAUCUGAAUGUCCCGCCGCCAAUGUUGGGUGCUGUUCCAUCGCCAAUCAGAGGAGAUGAUUUAAGUGGUGGCCAAGAAUUCCAGGCGAUGGCGAACCUAGCCAGAAUGGUUGCAGAGUGCGGCCCUUCCGUCGAAGACGUCGUUAGACUGAAAAAAACUCGAGACCCCGAUUUGUGGUUUCUUUUUCACAAAGAAUCGCCUGUCUAUCGUCGAUACGCCAGCCUAGUAGAACAAUACAAGAAGGAGCGGGAGGAAAAACAGAGACUGGAACAGUUGGAGAAGAUUGAACCAGACGAGAGUGAAAUGUACGAACCGGAAAUGGCGUUGGAAGAUGACGAAGCUGAGCUGGAUAUCAACGAGGAGGUUAAGAUUGAAGUGAAACAGGAAGAGCCGUCAAUGAAUACAGAAAAUGCACGACGCGAAAGAAAGAGGAAAAGCCGUUGGGGUGAGAAAAGUACCGAUGUAAAACCUCCACUUGCCCUUCCACUAAUUGUAAAUCCCGUAGUACCUCCAGUUCCAAUCCCUGGCAGUUCCACAAUGCUAACAAAAGUAACCCGCACUGAUCCCGGUUUGGUGCAAUACGCGAUGCAAUCCUAUGGAUCGGCGAGUCUUUCAGAAGAAGACUGGAAAAAGGCCGAGGACAACUACAAAGUCCAUUUGCUCUAUCAGGAUAUGAUUAAAAAACGUCAAGAAUUGGAAAAAUUACAAAUGCAAGGCAAAAAUAAAUACGAGUACGAUUCAGACGAAGAAACUCAAGGUGGCACAUGGGAGCAUAAAUUGAGAGAAAAAGAGAUGCAAGCUACUGACCGCUGGGCCAUGGAAUUGAAUCGUCAAGCCGAAGGGAAGCAUCAUAUAGGAGACUUUUUGCCGCCUGAUGAGUUUAAAAGAUUCAUGGAAAAAUCGAAUGCCAUCAAAGAGGGACGGCCACCCAAUUUUUCAGAUUAUAAGGAAUUUAAGCUUAAGGAAGACAAUGUUGGUUUUAAGAUGUUGCAGAAGCUUGGCUGGACUGAAGGACAGGGUUUGGGACAGAAUAAUGCUGGAAUUGUUGAACCAGUUAAUAAGGGUGCGCCAAGAGAAAACACCCAAGGUUUGGGGUUAAAUUUAAACGAAAUGGGUGAAGAUGAAGACGAAUAUGACUCGUACCGUAAACGAAUGAUGUUGGCUUAUAGAUUUAGGCCAAAUCCACUGGUAAGAAGUUCUCAAUUUUGUUUUUUUAUGUUUGUUUGAAAGUUUUUUUUUAAAAAUUCAAUUUUUUUUUUCUAGCUUUAGGGUACUCUAGUUCUUUUCUGUUUUUCAGAAUAACCCGAGAAGGCCGUAUUAUUAGGUUUUUGAUGUUUUGUAAAUAGUUCAAAAUAGUUAUAUUCUGUGUGGUUCUUACUUAAGUUUAUAGAAGUUUAAGCUAUAUUAAAUAAUAUAGUGUAUAUUACAAUAAAAAUUGUCUUUCUUUUAGUUGAUUCGAAUAGCUUUUAUAUGAAUACAAUUCUGAGCGAUUUUCAUUUCUAUUCCUCUCACUUUGACUUGAACUUGAACUUGAAAUUUGGCAUGUCGAUAGGGG